UGUGAUCUGUUAGCCAACUUGACAAGAGCAAAACCUGUUGUUCUAACUUACAUAUGGUCGCGUGGCGAAAGCUACUUAAUAAUUGUUUAUUUUAUUUUUAAGAGAGCAAAUAGUCGUUAGUUUAGAAAGGCUUUGCAACUAACUAACUUAGCUAAUAGCGAGAUGAUCAUUAGUUGGAAAAGUAAACAUUGGUGUCCAUUUGCUAAUUUGUACUAUACUACCUACAAAGUCUGUGCCAAAAAGACUAGAAAUCUGCAUGCCAGAUGUUUAAACUUCUGUUUAUAUAGUGAUGUAUACAUUUUUAAAAUUUCUGAUAUAUACGCUGUGAUGAUCCCAAAAUCGUACUCAUCUUUCUUUAACUUAACACGCGUAAAAUAAAGACAUUAUCCAUGUCUGGUUUGUGACCGAGUCGAUUCUUGUCAAUGAAUUGAAUGAUUCGUUCACAAAUCAGACCGAAUUGACCUUUAAAUGAACUGUUCAAAUGAACCGAUUCGCUAAAACUAGAAGAAUAUCCUGAUGCAAGUGGGCGUGUCUUACAGUACGCAGCCAAUAGCGUUUCGGUGGGCGUGUACGUAACGCUUUCUAUUAUUACUCAAUGUGUUUUACGAUGUCCAGCUUUCAUUUAAACAUCAAGCGACGUUACGUAGAAGAUAAACAGUAGUGCUCGCUAUAAACCAUUAACCAGCACAGUGAGGACACUUCCUGUACAGUAUGAGUUUGAGACAGCCACACAGGAAAGGGAUAUGGCUCAGGAGACCAAUCAGACCCAAGUGCUUUGUUCUAAUGGUUGUGGGUUUUAUGGGAAUCCACGUAAUAACGGCAUGUGCUCGGUCUGCUACAAAGACUCCUUACAGCGGCGGAACAACAGCGGCAGAUCCAGUGAUCCAGCAUUUACCCUUCAUUCAGGAAUGCAAAAAAUACCUGCUGCUGGAAACUUUGUCUUCCAGCAUAAGCAGUAAAGGAGAAUCUAUGACUGUACAAUCGACGUCACAGCAUGAACAAAACAGUCAGUGUUUCUCAACACCAGCAGCAGCAGCAGCAGCAGUAGUUACACAUAAAGAUGGUGCUUCAGUAGCAGCUCACUCAGGCCUGAGAAUGCCAGAAGAAGUAUCAUGCAGUAAACUGGAGAGAAAUAUUCAGGAAUCCACCACGGAAAGGCUGCUUACAGCAGGUAGCUCUUCACUGGAGGAUGGCACAACGAGAGGAAAGAGAAAGCUAGAUGAAACUUCUGAUCCCACAGAAACAAUAUCCGCCUCAGAACUAGACGUCUCAGAGAAAACAUCAGAUGUGCCAGAGCAAUCCAAACCCAAGAAGAACCGCUGCUUCACCUGCCGCAAAAAAGUGGGGCUCACUGGUUUUGACUGCCGGUGUGGACAGCUGUUUUGCAGCAUUCACCGAUACUCAGAUGUUCACAACUGUAGCUUUGAUUACAAGGCUGAUGCAGCUGAGAAAAUAAGGAAAGAAAACCCGCUUGUCGUUGGGGAGAAAAUCAAGAAGAUUUGAGCUGAAGACUGCAGAGAUGUUUUUUUGUUUUGUUUUGUUUUUUUACCCUCUUUUCCCACAAACACCCUUAACAAGACCUUGAAUUGUGCAUGCUACAAUGAAACAUUUACACAAAUUUGUUUGGUCCCUUUGUUUCAUUUUACCUCUAAAAUUUAUUUACUUACAAAAUACUGUGGUAUGUAAACCACUUAAUAUUUAUAUAAUUGCAGUAAAAUAAUUUGCAUUAAUAAAUGGGUUUUAGUUCUCAUAUGUUGAGACAGCUUUGGGUGGCUGUGCAUUUCUGGUGAUGAACAAAGCUUGCAUGUUAAAAACAUUGCCAGAAUGUGUCUUCAAUUUUUUUAUUUUAGUUUCUCUCAAUAAGGAUUGUAAAAAAGAAUAUGACAUCAUUUACUUAAUAUAAAAAAGAUAUGUUUUAUCAAUUACUUGCUCCAUCCUUGAUUUAAAAAAAAUGAGGUUUAUAAGUGAUUACAAGUAUAAAAAUUGUGUGUGACUGCGAUCUCUGGUUUAACAGAUUUUUUUGCACUUCAUUACAGACUGUGAUUUACAUUUCUCCUAUAGUUCAUUUAUUCGAGUGAAUGAAAGUUGCGAGUGAUAUUAUUUAUGUUUGUGAAUACACUGUGUUCAUGUUCAAUAAAGUUUUACACGUCACACUGUA